UCUAGUCAUUCAUCUGUAAUAUUUUCUCUAGUACUAUGAUCUUCUCAUGGGUUUCUUAAGAAAACGUUAGGUGUUCCUUAACGUGGUUGUGAUGUGGUUAUAUUUUCUUGUAUUUUUCAGAAAGGGUUAUAUUUUUUCUUAAAACUAGUAAUGUAUGUUCUUCAUAACAUUAUCUAACUUAUACAUACUCGUGAUUGGCCCACAUGCGCAAAUAUUGCCAGUAAGGUGCAAUUUUGGAGUUUUUUUUUUCAUUUUUGUGCAGAAUGGCCAAUGGCAUCAAUCUCCCCAUGUUUAUUAAUGCAUAAUAUAUAGUUGGAGCAUAUUCCUUAGCAGCAUGUCUGACACCUGUUCGUCUUCUGGAGUGUUAUGUUCAGCAUACUUUUUAUCUUCUAUCAGAGGAAGGCAGAUUUCGAACUUCUUUUCCUUCCAAGGUAAAGAAUCCCAUUUCCAGUGGCUUCGCCGGACAGAAAGGGCCCCAGCUUUUGUAGGAGCUAUUUGACUUCCCACCCAGCUCAUCAGUUUGAUAUCCUUCCACAACAUGUCCACUGUUGACCAUACUGAGCUGGCAUAUCAAUUAGGAAAUGUCUGCCUUGUUAAAAGUAGUGGCCCUAGCCGCCCUACCACCUUUGGUAUAUAGUGUACACCAUGCACAUCAAGCGUUCUCUUCUUAUACCCAACCCCCUUCACUUGCACUUAGCCCCAGACACAUUAGAGGGAUUCAUAUCCAAAAGCCAUGUUCAAUCCUUCUUCCUCGCCCGCGCCCACCUACAGUGACCCCUCCAUGCACCAUGCAGUGAACCCCUCUGGUGAUUUGCACACAGCUCCGACCGAAAUUCCUCGCGGCACCGGUUUCUUCCAUGCCAAUGGUGGCCUGUUUUCUCCGGUCGAUGUUGCUGCUUCAGCACCGCCUUCCUACAUCUCUCCCCUUCCUCCAUACAAUAUCAACACGAGCACCAGCACACACCCCUUACCAUUUCACCUCCAGUUUCUUGACCCCCUCAACGGUAAUGCCGCCUUCUCUUGCCCAUCUCAUUCGACAUGGCAGUUGCAUCCACCCCCUUUUGCUUCCUCCCCUUCCUCGUCCUCUGGUGACUUCUUUGAAUUCAGCAGCUCCGAUACCAUGCGGCGUGUCCUCAGCACCGGCGACCUGCAGGGCAACACUGUUUCACCACCAUUGCCGCCACCGCCAAUACCGCCACAGUUUCCAGGCGACAACUGCAGCCAGGAAGCCGGUGAUCCUUUUUCAGAGAAGGUGGGGCGUUACAGCGCCGAAGAACGGAAGGAGAGGAUCGAGAGGUACCGCGCCAAGCGCCAGCAGAGGAACUUCCACAAGAAGAUAACUUACGCUUGCAGGAAGACGCUGGCAGAUAGCCGGCCGAGGGUGCAGGGCCGCUUCGCCAGGAACCUUGAGGCGGAGGGCGACAUGGAGAUGGAGGCGUCUGACAUCAGCUAUGAGUACUGCCCAUACAACAACCUCGGCGGCAACCGCUACGACAGCCAGAGCCAGGGCAUGGAAACCGUCGGUGAUGGCACGGCGUUUGACGACAGCAAGUGGUGGUGGGGCACGCCGGUGGCAACCAACAGGCAGCAGCAGCAGCUUGGUUUCGACAUCGACGACGACGAAUCCCAGCUGUGGGCGAGCCUCGCUGACAUGUGCUAGCUCCGGCGCCUGAUUGUGAUUGGUGCUGUCUGGUCUGCUGGUGCAAGGAGCACCGAGCGGCGGCGGCUGCAGGUGGUCAGAGCGGCGUCGCUGACCUUCUUAAGCCCGCCCGCCCGCCACCGUACCCGUAGUGCGUGCAUGCAGCUUAAUUAUUUAUCCUUUAGUAGAAGAAAGAAAGAAAGACGAGGAUGAAGAGGACCUCUCACUCACCUCCCAGCUUCUUCUCCGUGUGUUCCGUCCGAGUCAGACAGUUAGCACUACUUUCUAUACUUUCUACUCGUGUUUUACAGUCUUGUUCCAUAAAGCAUGGCCCUGCCGUUGCUUUCUGCUCCUCCAUACGCACCCGAAAAAUCGAAACAAAUCUC